CCGAAUAAUGGACAAUCACAGACAGAAGGAUUUUCCUCUGAAUGACGCGCUACACGAGCUUCUGCAGCAGGGGGCGACGCGCGCGAGUCAGCUGAGGGAUGCGCAGCGCGAGCACGACACAUUGCAGGCAUCUCUUCUGCAGCUGGACCGGAGCUGUGAGUCUGUGUGCUCUCAGGUGAAGCUGAAGGAGAAGAUGCUCACUGCUCUUCAGUGUGAUGUGGAGCAGCUUCAGCGCAGCGUCCUCCGUCUGGACGCACAGAUCCACAGCGUCCUGCUGGAGAACCUGGAGCUCAGAAACUGUACGGAGGAGCAUCAGGAGCGCCGGCGCUCACAGCAGACAGAGUUCAGCUCGCACCGCAGCCGUAUGAGAGACCACAGGACGGCCGUAUGUCUGCAGGACAGUCGAGCACAUCUCCAUCAGGAGCUCCAGCAGAAGCAGCAGGAGGCGUCUGGACUGAGACACACGCUGGACGAGCUGAAGACAGACCUCCUGAAACCAGACGCUAGUGCUGUCCGUCAGACGCAGAAGGACAUCGACCUUCUUCAGGCCAGUAUCCAUGCAGCCAGACAGAUUGUGCUGGAGAGAAAAGCUCAUCUGGAGAACGAACAGCGAACACAGACACAGCUGAGGAGAGAGAUCGAGAUUCAGGAGCGCAGAUGUGAGGCCAUCCUGAAGCGGCUGCGCAGUCAGCUGAAGAAAGCUCAGUCUGGACACCGUCAGCUGCGCAGUGACAUCACACACCUGCAGACGCAGCUGGACGAGCUCAGGGGUCAGCUGGAUGCCUCGUAACGGCCGGUGAGCUCUCGUGAUCAUCUCUGUGUAACACACAAGUUCAGUGUUCUGUGGGAACGUGUUCAGUCCUGCACUGCUGAGUGUGUGUUUGGAUGUUUCCUGUCUGAACUGACCCGUGUCCGUGUUAAAUGAGGUUCUAGUUCUAGAACAUCUGUGUGGAAGU